AUGAACAGAGAAAACAAUAGUAGCGACAUCGAUAACGACAUCACCUGUAAUAUUAGUAGUCCAUCCUUGGUUGGUUUAUCUAUCAGAAGUGUUAAUGACAAAGAAAAUCCAGAUUUUCAGGAUGGUAAGCCACAAUUGACAGCGUCUCAAACAAGUUUAUCAGUCUUUAACAAUAACAAUAAUAAUAGUGCAAUUUCUGAAUCGAUUAUCAAAGAAAAAGAAGAGGAUGCUGAUUACACCACCGUUGCUGAUUUAAAUAAAGAGGGUGCUCUACUAACUGAUGAUAACGAAGUUGAUGUAAACCAAUUGAUCAGAAACUCUUCUGCCACCAAUGAUAUUGAUAAUUUACAAAGAGUUUUAAAAUUAAAGCAAAAAAGGAUGAAGAAUAAUAGGGGCGUUAAUCACCAUAAUGAUAUUUAUGGCGAAACUCAUAGCAAUGAUAUCAGCCCAAUUGUUUCUAACCAAUCUUUACUGAUUACUUCUACUGAUCCAAUAAAUGAUACCAUUAUGCCAAGUAACAAGUCUGCUACUUCCGGUGAUAAUGGGGAAACUAAUGAAAAAGUUAGAAACUCCUAUGGUGAGGAUAUUGUUAUCAAGUCUGAUAGACCACAUUUGGCUAGAGGUGAUUCUUAUCAAAACACAGUUAAAGGCAGUAGCAAAGAGAGAAUUAGCAAUAGCAAUAAUGGUUCUUCAACUGGUGUCGGUACUGCUACUACAACCACCAAUACCGCUGCUAUUACUUCAGACCAAGGCAGAAGUGGUAGAUCUAAAUACAUUGGCAAAGAAUACCUUAGAUCAUUGAGUAGGUCUAUGAGUAGAGGUCCAUCAGAAUCUAGAGCUGAUAGUAGCAACAACCAGAGCAGCAGUGCUGAGGAUGAUAUCAUUAUUAACAAUAACAAUGAUGAUAACAGGAGUGACCCAAUGAUGCAUUCCACUAAUAAUUAUUCUAUUUCCAGAAACGAUUUGGAAACUGCAACUUCCAAUAUUAUUCAUGAGGAAAAAGAGGAAGAGGAAGAGGGUGCUUUGAUGAAUGAUCAAGAAGACCUGGAUCAUCCUCAUUCACUUAAUGACGACUAUGUUGGUGAUGAUGAGCAUGAAGAGGGAGAAAAAGAAGAAAAACAAGUUAAUUUAAACAGUAAAUUACAAUUACCAUUGUUAAAUUCUGACAGGAAUAUUGGUGACGCAAAAAGAACCGCUAAGUUGGACCACAGUUUUAAUAAUGUUUUAGAAGAGUUAUAUGAUUUUAUGAACUUGUCUAGUGACGAUGAAAAAAAAGAAGGGGGACAAAACCUAAAAGAGGAUGGCCAAACGAAAGAGGAUGGAGAAAAAGAUUCAGAAAAAAUUGAUAUCAUCUCAGAAAAUAAUAAAGAAUUUAGUGAAAAAGAAAUAUUGCUUGAUCAAAAUUUACCAACUUCAAGUAAAUCUAACAAGGAUGAGAUGGGUAAAAUUGGAGAGGUAACUAUAGCCGUUGGAAUAAAUGAUGUUCCUGACAAAUGUGAAAAAGAAGUUUUUGUUUACAAUAAAGCAUAUACACCAGAAAAAGAAAAAGAACUUACUGAUGAAAAGAACAAAAAAAUGGAGGAACAGCUUGAACAACAACUAUUUGGGUCUCAAGAAAAAGAACGAGACUAUUUGGAACCUAAGGAAGUCGAAUCCGAGGGGGAAGAUACCGAGAAAAAAGAAAUUGAGGAAACACAAUCUAAAGAGGUGGAGCAUGAUAGGAUGGGAAUUGGAAAGGUACAUUUUGGAGAGGCAGAGUCUGAAGAAAAGGGUUUUGGAAAUGUGGAAGUUACAAAGACAGACGUAACAACAAAAGAGCAAUUUGAAAAGAAAGAACCUGAGGAGGUAGAAAUUGUAGAAGAAACCCCUAAAGAAGUUGAAAUUGAAGAAGAGGAACCUAAAAAGGUAGAAAUUGAAGGAGAAGAAGUUAAAUCGGUGAAAGUUGAAAAGGGGAAGCCUAUGGAAGUAGAAGUUGAAAAAGAGGAACUUAGGGAGGCAAAUAUUGAAGAUGAGGAACCUAAAGAGGUAGAGAUUGAAGAAGAGGAACCUAAAGAGGUAGAACUUGAAGAAGAGAAUCCCAAGAAGGUAGAACUUGAAGAAGAGAAUCCCAAGAAGGUUGAAGAAGAGGAACCUAAGGAGGUAGAACUUGAAGAAGAGAAUCCCAAGAAGGUAGAGAUUGAAGAAGAGGAACCUAAAGAGGUAGAACUUGAAGAAGAGGAACCUAAAGAGGUAGAACUUGAAGAAGAGGAUCCCAAGAAGGUGGAACUUGAAGAAGAGGAACCUAAAGAGGUAGAGAUUGAAGAUGAGAAGCUCAAAAAGGUAAUAAUUGAAAACGAGCAAUUUGAAAAGGAAAAACCUCAAGAAUUAGAAAUUAAAAGGGAUGAACUUGAAACUGAAAAACCUAAAACUAUAACAUGCAAAGAAACAGAGGUAGAGAAUGAGGCUAUUGGAGCAAAUGAAGCUACAAAGGAAGAAGUGCAGGAGAUUAUGAAAGUCUUGACAGAUAACGAAGACGAAAUGGUAAUAAAACACGAAAAUGAGAAAGAUGCUAUUGAAGGAAUACAUGACCAAGAGUUAAAAGAGGUUUCCAACGCUGUCAAAGACCAAGAGUUAAAAGAGGUUUCCAACGCUGUCAAAGACCAAGAAGAAAAACGGCCAUAUGCUAAUAGUGUUACUCCUACUGUUGGUGCAGAUAAGGAUUUUGGAAUAUGUAAUGACAAAAAAAUAGAACUUCAAGCUGAUGGUAGCACCAGAAAGAACGAAACUAAAGAAGAAAAUAUUAAAACUUUCAAGGAUGCAGGAGAUCUAGAAGGUGACAAAGAGGAACCAAAGACUGAAAGUGAUCAAUCACUUGAAAUUUUAGAUGCGCUAGAAGAGAGUGAAGAUAAAUUGCAGAAGGAUGCUAACGAAUCACUUCAAAUUUUGGAAGGAAAUGAAGGAGAAUUAAACAGUCAAACUAAUGACUCAAUUGAAAUUUUAGAAGAUAUAGAUAGCGAAAAUGAGGAAAAACAUGAGAAUGUUGAAAUUAAUGAUGCUAAUGAGCAAGAAGAACGAAAUUCACUUGAGAGUGACGCAUACUCAGCCAAUCAAACUAGCUAUCAUAUAUUAAUUCCUUGUAAUGAAAAUGAUAAAGGGUUGAGUUAUUCUUCGGAUGAGGAAGUUAUGGUGAAUGUUACUGAUAAAGAAGAGACUGGCACGAAAUUAGGAGAACAAGAAAACGAAAAUGAAAGGGAGUUGGGCAUUGAAGGAGAAAGUGGCAACUAUUUUAAUAAUGAGAAGCCACAGAAACACAUUGAACAUGAUGAACUGGGUGAUAUUGUUGUUGCAACUGACCAGAAUGAUGAUUCGGUUCCCAUUGCGGACAAAUUAAACGAUGACAUAGAUGAUUUGUUAAACGAAUUGGAAUUUAUUGAUGAUUCUGAGGCUUCCAAAUUAUUAAACGAUUUUGAUACAAUGAGAUAUAAUGAUGAAAAGUCUUUAUCAUUUGUGAAAGACAAAAACUUGAGGAACACUAAAAAUAUCGAACCUGAUACUAAAGCUAGUGCUGUUACUAGUUCAAAAGUGUCUCAUUCAGAGAUCUCUGAUUAUCUAAGUAAACAACCUGUGUACAUUUAUACUUCAUUGGCUGGCGGUGGUUUCCAUAUGCCAAGCAGGACAAAUAGACUAGCUCAGAUAUUGACUGCAAACAGAAUACCGUUUACCUAUAGAGAUUUAGGAACAGAUGAAGAAGCUAAGAAGGUUUGGAAAAGAUAUUCAAGAGGUAGGAUGCUUCCUGGUGUUGUUAGAGGUAAAGAUGAUAUUAUUGGCAAUUGGGAAGAAAUUGAAGAUGCCAAUGAGGAAUAUAGAUUACGUGAGUUAAUUUAUGAGACUUUGUGA